AUGGUGAACAUCACUGAGAAGAUCAAGGAGAUUGAGGAUGAGAUGCGGCGGACGCAGAAGAACAAGGCCACAGAAUAUCAUCUGGGUCUUUUGAAAGGAAAGCUUGCCCGGCUUCGAGCUCAGCUCCUGGAGCCAGUUGGCGGAGCUGGCUCCGGAGGUGGUGCUGGAUUCGAUGUUAGCAAGAGUGGAGAUGCUCGAGUUGCUCUAGUUGGCUUCCCCUCAGUCGGAAAGUCUACGUUCUUGUCCAAGAUUACCAAGACCAAGAGUGAAGCCGCAGCCUACUCUUUCACCACACUGACUGCCAUUCCCGGUGUGCUUGAGUACGGUGGUGCCGAGAUCCAGAUUCUUGAUUUGCCUGGUAUCAUCGAGGGUGCGUCCGAGGGCAAGGGUCGUGGUCGUCAGGUCAUUUCGGCAGCCAAGACAAGUGAUUUGAUUUUGAUGGUUCUGGAUGCCACAAAGCGUGCCGAACAGCGAGCUUUGCUUGAGGCGGAACUGGACUCUGUGGGCAUUCGUCUGAACAAGGAGCCUCCCAAUAUCUACCUCAAGAUCAAGAAGGCAGGCGGCAUGAAGAUUUCAUUUGCGACACCCCCCAAGAGCCUGGAUGAAAAGCUUAUUUACAACGUGCUCCGUGAUUACAAGAUCCUUAACUGCGAAGUCCUCGUGCGAGACGAGAACGCUACUAUCGACGACUUUAUUGAUGUUAUCAUGAAGGACCACCGCAAGUACAUCCGCUGUCUAUACGUAUACAACAAGGUUGAUAGCAUUGGUCUGGAGUUCCUUGACGCCCUUGCCCGCGAGCCUUACACAGCCGUCAUGAGUUGUGAGCUUGAUCUCGGUGUGCAAGAUGUCGUUGAACGUAUCUGGAAGGAACUGCGACUUAUGCGACUCUACACAAAACGAAAGGGAGAAGAGCCCAAUUUCGAUGAGGCGUUGAUUGUACGCUCGAACUCGAGUAUCGAGGACGUCUGUGAUCAGAUUCACCGUACGAUCAAGGACACUUUCAAAUACGCCAUGGUGUGGGGAGCAAGUGCGAGACAUAUCCCUCAGCGCGUGGGACUGUCACACAUGGUUGCGGACGAGGAUGUGGUAUCUAUAGUCACUAAGGAUAAGGCUUAA